AUCCUCUCUUCCUCUCUUUCAGAAAGUUCGCGAACAAAAGCAAACCCUAAGAUCAUCAAUCCGACGGAGACUCCAGCUCUUCGUCGGCAAAUCUCUUCCACCGGCGUCGUCUAAUUCUCAGAUCUCUCUAACACUUUUGGUUAAGCGUUUGUUAGCGAUGGCUGAGCAUUUAGCUUCAAUCUUCGGAACCGAAAAGGACAGAGUAAACUGUCCUUUCUACUUCAAAAUCGGCGCAUGCCGUCACGGUGACCGUUGCUCACGUCUCCACAACCGUCCCACCAUCUCCCCAACCCUCCUCCUCUCCAACAUGUACCAGAGACCCGACAUGAUCACCCCGGGAGUCGACGCGAACGGGCAGCCUCUCGACCCGCGCAAGAUCCAAGAGCAUUUCGAGGAUUUCUUCGAGGAUCUGUUCGAAGAGUUGAGCAAGUUUGGGGAGAUUGAGAGUCUCAACAUUUGUGACAAUCUUGCUGACCAUAUGAUUGGGAAUGUCUAUGUUCAGUUUAAGGAGGAGGAUCAGGCUGCUGCUGCUUUGCAGGCUCUGCAGGGGAGGUUUUAUUCCGGGAGGCCGAUUAUUGCGGAUUUUUCUCCUGUUACGGAUUUUAGGGAAGCGACGUGUAGGCAGUAUGAGGAGAAUAACUGUAACCGUGGUGGGUAUUGUAACUUUAUGCAUGUGAAGCUUGUUUCGAGGGAGUUGAGGAGGAAACUGUUUGGGAGGUCUAGGCGGUCUUACCGGAGGGGGAGUGGGAGUAGGAGCAGGAGUAGGAGUAGGACUAGGAGUGUGAGCCCUAGGAAGAAGAGGGAGUAUGACAGGCGUGAUCCUUCUCACAGGGAGUUUAGUCACAGGGAUAGAGAUGGAGAGUUUUACAGGCAUGGUAGUGGGAAAAGGAGUAGUGAGAGGUCGGAGAGGGAGGGUUCGAGGAGGAGACAUGGGAGCUCUCCUAGACGAGGAGGGAGUCCUGGUGGUGGUGGGAGAGAAGGAAGCGAGGAGAGGAGGGCAAGGAUUGAGCAGUGGAACAGAGAACGAGAGGAGAAGGAAGAGGGAGGAGCAUAAGAAAGAAACAUUACUGCUGCAAUGUGGUGGAUUCUGUUGUCAGCUUCUCUGCGUUUUGUUGAUGUAUUCUGAAGUCGGUGAAAUCUAGUGAUGGAUUUUUCAUGUGGUUGUUCUAAUUUGGGAACUUGGAAUGGGAGUAUUAUCAACUUCUUUAGGUUAUAUAAAAUGUUGGGGGUUAUUUUCUUGUAGGUUUGAUUAGGACAGACUUGUUGUUGGCUCGUGUUCCCUUGUUAUUGAUCUUCUUCACCAGUGUCCUUUAGAACCUAUGUACUAUCUUCUGUUUGGUUAAAAGAGUUUAGUUUCCUUUAAACAUUCUGGUAGAGUAUCUGAGUAUGUGUGAGGAGUAUGAGGAGAAUAACAUUGUUGAAUAUUGGUCAUAUGCGUCAGCAUUUAGCAAGGCCAACCCAUAUUUUUGGGCCUAAACAAAAAUAACUGCUGGAC